AUGUCCCCGGAUCGUACUGCUACUAUUAUCAAGGUACUGUGUACAAACUUCUUCCGAGCAUCAAAACCUAAUAUACCAUAUAGAAAACGAGAGCAUAUGUGGAGGAAACCACCUAGAGGAUGGGUGAAGGUCAAUGUUGAUGCCUCGUUCAGUGCUGAAACUAUGUCAUGUGCAGUGGGCGCGAUUGCUCGAGAUGACAGAGGAGAGUUCAUUGCAGCCGCAGCGUGGUUCAUACCACAUGUAAUCACUGCCGAAUCAGCGGAAAUACAAGCCAUCAGGAACGGGGCUUGGCUAGCGCAACACAUUGGCUGUAACUCUCUCAUCUUGGAGUCAGAUAACCUAAAUGCUGUACAGGCUUUUGACCAACAAGAGACAUACAAUGGUAAUGAUGCAGUCGUGGUGAUGGAUGGCAAGCAGACUUGUACCGAUUUUGCAGCAGUUUCCUACCUUCACUGCUUUAGGGAAGCGAACGAGGUUGCUGAUCUUUUAGCAAAGCAUUCUUCCCUUAGUAGAUCCUCUCAUCUUUGGGAAGAUUCUACCCCUGACUUUAUUUCUCAUGCUAUUAUAAACGACUUGUCCAUUAUUUAA